AUGUAUCCUUAGUUUUAGCACACUUUUAAUCCAAGUUUUGCAAUUUUAGUGGCUGGGAAAAAAAUCCAUUGCCACUGUCGUUUGGUAUUGUCUAUGAUUUUUGUUAGCGGGAAAAUCAAAGUGUGAAUUUAACUGACGUGGUGCUGUGGCCAACUGGUCACUAAAAAAUUCAUGGCCCUACUUAUGAUUGUAAUUAUAGUCAGUGUGACUUGUUUCCAAAGAAAAUAACAUAAUAACAACUAGAGAAACACAUUGCUUAUAACCAUGACACAUUACUUAUUGAAAAUGUUAUUGAUCAAACAAUCCAUGGCUCACAACCACUCCCUCAGCCAGUUGCAUUUAUUACAUGCAUCAUGGAUGCAUCUAUCCCAGUUUUCGAGAAGCCCCAUCCUCGUCUAAGUGUCCUAGACUGGACGAGGAACAUCCAAAGACUGCAGAAUGAGGCGAGAGUUCGUCGUUUCGAGUCCUACGAGUUGAGAAACAGGGCCACCCAGUUGAGAAACGAGACUUCAGUCACUACGCGAUGGGAUAAUUACGUCAAUAAUGAGCUGUUGAGGGAUAGAAUAUUCCUCGUAGACUCGUUCCGCGAAAAGCAGCGUUUCACCAGCGAGAUGGUUCGCGAUGAAAUCCGCGCUCUAAAAGAGGAGAAAAACGCUACGGAGUUACAUUUGGAGUCCCUACAGGUCCCGCUUAUGGUGUCUUCGCAGUGUUUGUCGAACAGGGACCAGAGGGUGCCACCGGAGCUUACGAGGGACCAGUUAGGAGAGGAAUUGAACAAGGAACUUCACAUAAUCGAAAACAGCAAACGCACCCUAACAGACGUAUGCCACAUGGGCUGGGAAAAGCUGAAAGAAUUAAACAACGUCCUCUGUCGACUAGAACGAGAAAUAAAGAAUAAAGAGGAAACUCUUGACUUGGAGAACCAUGUGAAGCAUUUAGAUAGGAACAGCUCGGAUAUAUCGUACAAGUUGGAGCCUACGAGGAUACCGGCUGAGUCAAUGACCGAAGAGGGUUAUGUGAAUUGCAUAGAAAACACGGUGCAGAUAGCCGAGCAGCUGAUGGCAGAGUCAAAGGCUCUGCGUGCCACCAUGUUCAAAAGCAGGGAGCAGGCGCGGAACCAGAUGUAUGCUCAGUCUCAAGAGUUGGAGAUGAUAAUGCGAAGACGCGUUUACGACCAGCAGAGAGCGAGAAAUGAAAUGGAGUGGCAGAAAUACAAGUUGGAAAGCAACCUGGCAAAAUUGGACCGUGAAAUUGAGUCACUUCGAGUGGCCGUUGCCGACAAAAUCAACCCCACCAAACUGGUGGAGACGAGACUGGAGAUGAGAAUGAAGAGACCAGUUUUAGAAAGAGUUCAGGAUAUACCAAUGCGUGGGCUGAUGGAGGAGUAUGAAAGAGUCCAUAUGAGCUCGAACAUGCUGGAGAAAAAACUGGAAGAUGCUCUAACAACAUACCACGGCAUGUACAACCACCAUCAGCGAGUAACGAAGGACCUGCAGUACAAGAAUCAAGCUUUAGAGACAGAUCGCCGUCUCAUAGAGAUACGGAAACCGAUUCAUAGCCCCGAUGAGACAGAGUUUAAGAGGAACGUGGGGUACUGUCAUAUGAGGGAUGAGUUGGUACCGGAAUAACCGGUAUACUGGUACCGGAAUAACCGGUAUACUGGUACCGGAAUAAAAGGUAAGCCGGUAAUGGGCUGAUGUACUAAUUACUAACCUUUGCUAUGUUGUCUGUUUAUAUUAUACUGAUAUAACAUCAAUAUAAUGCCUGCCGAUACUAAUCAAAGCUAUCUCCCUGGAACGAAAAUACCAUGGCAUGUACAAAUCAUCAACGUGUGAGCUUCUCAUAAAGACCAGGAAACCGAUUCAUAGCCCCGCUAAGAUAGAGUAUAAGAGGAACGUGGGGUACUGUCAUAUGAGCGAUGAGUUGGUGCCGGAAUAACCGGUAAACUGGUAGUGGCUUGAUGUAAACUGGUACCGGUAUUAACGUUUCCUAUGUUGCCUGCUGUGUUUCCUAAGUACACUAAUCGAUACUAAGACAACAGAGUUUUUAAACAACAUUUAGAUUAAGCUCAAAUUGAGCUGUUUCGCAAUAAAUUUCGGAAUACCGGUAACGGUAGGGUCGGAAUCGGUAACAAUGUCAUUUAUAUACAAUAUAGUGAUAUUUGUUUUGAAUGAUUCUUAAACAAGGCAUAAUACCAAAUAUGUUAAAAAUAAAUUACAUAAACAAUUAUCACAGAAUAAUAAUAAUAUUUUGAGUUUUUGCCGGUUAAGUAACCGAGACAGUUUUGGCUACAAGUCAUAUCAUAAAUCAAGCUAUUGUUAUAGGUAGUUCCAAACAGCUUACUAAACUAGACUUGGACGCACUUGCACCAGUAAACUUUAACGGCUCCCCAAUAAUAUUUAGUCAAAGUGUUAAAGACCUGGGUGUUCUUUUAGACAGUACCUUGAGUUGGAGAGCACAGGUUACUGAAAUCAGUCGUAAGGUCAUGGGCUCACUAAAUUCUCUCAACAAAAUGAAGCACUUCUUACCGAUCAAAACUAAAGUUGCACUAAUUAACACCCUUAUACUGCCCAUUAUUGAUUAUGGUGAUGUGUGUUAUCCGGACUUAAACGAAGAGUUGCUCGAUAAAUUGGACCGCCUGCUUAAUAACUGCAUUCGCUUCGUUUUUUGCCUCCGCAAAUAUGAUCACGUUUCUUCUUUUCGCGCACAACUUGGCUGGCUUCCCAUUCGUCUACGACGCAAUAUUCGCUUGCUUUCCACUCUUUUUUCUGUGCUUAACGAUCCACAUUCUCCUGAAUACCUCAAAUCCUUCUUUCAAUAUUAUGGCGUUACCCGCGACCGUCAACUUCGCUCUUCUGGCAAUAUGUCUCUGUCCAUCCCUCUUCACCGGACUGGGUUCAUGUCAAAUUCGUUCACCGUGCAGGUGGCGCGUCUUUGGAAUGGACUUCCUUUUUACAUCAAAAAUGCGCCAAAUAAGUUCGCUUUCAAAAAAUCAUUACGUGCUUUCUUUGCUAGCAGAAUGAAAGAUUCUUAAUGUAUUUAUUUAUUAGCUUCAGAUGUUUCGUCUUUAUAUAUAUAUAUAUUUAUAUAUGUAUGUGUGUAUUAUGUUUGUAUGUAUAUGUUAUUUUAUGUAUUUUUGCUUGAUUUGUUUUGCUAUUGUAAUUGUAGCACCGCUCUCAAUCUCUCUGCUUAGCCUUAAGGUUGACUGGUAGAGAAUGCCUUGUGGUUGUGGCAUUAAGUCCGCCUUUUGUACUAUAAGAUUGUUUUCUUUUGUGCAAUAAAGAUUAAAUAAAUAAAUAAAUUACUGAAUGACAUUAACCGGUUCAGUACCGGUAUUAUAGUAAAUACUU